CAACAUUCAGCACUUUAAUGCAUCACGUCAUCACAGCACACAACAAAGCUACUCUAUUUAAAAACAAAACUUCACAACCAAUAUGACCGAUAUCACCGCACUAGAUUGCUUCAAGGGCCGAUGGAUCCUAGACAAAGAGCAUUCUGAAGGGGUCGAGCCGCUUCUUAAAGAUGGGGGUGUGAACAUGCUUAAGCGAAAAACUCUCUGUGCGCUCAAUAUCGACUUGGAGUUGCAAGUGGUCUGUGAAGGAGAUAAGGUAUUCGUGUCUGAGGUACAGUACACAGCGUUUGUCAAUAUGAUCAAUAAAAUGGAACUAGGCAUGUAUAACGAAUACAAAGGAUGGACUGACUAUCAUGAUGAUGCAUUCUCUGUCUACUGUAAGAAGCAAGCCAAGUGGGACGCAGCAACUGGAAGAAUUUGGAUGCACGCAGUGUCAACCAAGAAGCACGAGGGCCACUACGACUGGGUAGAAGAGCGCUGGGUGGAGAAUAAGCAACUCCACUGGAAUACCACGCAGAACUACAAAGGAAAAGUUACCACAAACAACCGCAUAUUUAUUAUCAAGCCGUAGUUGUACGCAUGAAAUUACGAGGUAUAUAUAUAUGCUAACAAACCAAUUAAAUACAUACCGGG